AUGGCCGAACUGCGAACGCAGCUGGGCGAAGAUGAUGACGAGGAAGAGCCGGAAUACUUGCAAUUCAAGGUAGUUCUGCUUGGCGAUGGUGCUGUUGGAAAGACUUCACUGGCAACGCGAUUUUGCGAGGAUCACUUUGCCAAGCAGUACAAGCAAACAAUAGGUUUGGACUUCUUCGUCAAGCGGGUGGUUCUGCCAGGUGACAUUCAUGUAUGUCUUCAGAUUUGGGACAUCGGCGGCCAAUCCAUUGGUGGCAAGAUGUUGAGCAACUACAUCUAUGGCUCCAGUGCUGUUAUACUGUGUUAUGAUAUUACCAACUACCAGAGCUUCCAGAACUUGGAGGAUUGGCUCUUCCUGGUAAAGCGCACGUUCGACCAGACGCCACUCCCGUACAUUGCCCUCAUGGCAAACAAGCAUGAUCUCGCACACAUCCGAGCUGUCAAACCAGACAAGCACAAUCAGUUCGCGGAAGAGAAUGACUUGUACAGCUACUUUGUGUCCGCAAGGACCGGAGACCAGGUUCAGACGUCAAUUUUCCGCAUUGCUGCAGAUCUUGCAGGUGUCACCUUGACAAAGCCGGAGCUGGAGGCGGAGGUUGCCCAAAGGCCAACCAGAGCCGAGUUGGUAAAUCAUCCACGACAUGAUCCCGCUCAUCCGGAGGUCAACGCGGACGAUAUUGCCAGAGAGAGGAGGUGGUUCGGCUGA